AGUUCUGUUUUGAAAAUGUUGGCGGGUUUCCAGAUCUUGGUUCAGAAUACAGUACAAGGAAGAAUUCACAAGAUAAAAUUUGUAUAGAAUAAAAACCAAUAGUAUUUGAGGGAAAAAUAUUGUCUUGCUGCUGUUACAAUAGCUGUGGAGUGAGAAAAAAUGUCAUAACAUUUAAACCAAGUGGUUUGAUUUUUGUUUUUCGGAAGAAUCUUUACUUCAGCAUAUUUCUUUCAAUGCAUAAUGUAUUUACAGAAAGAUUGAAAGCUACAAUGUGAAUUGCUAAUAUUGAGCUGACGAAUAGCAACAUUUAAGUAAAUGUUAAAUUCAAGUUCCAAAGUGGUUGAUAUUUUGAGAAGAGAAAAUUCUGUUACUGCACCUUUUAGGAACAAGGAAUUAGAAAAUGGCAUUUUUCAGAAAUUUCCAACAGAAUCUGCCUUCAGUGUCCUCUCUGGUAGACACAAUCAGUAGUGCUGUAGAGGAUUUGACCACUGCUGUUGGGGAGGUCAGCUAUGCUUUAACUGACUCAGUUGCUGAGCAGGUAACAAGUAUGAUAAGUGGCUUUCGCCCAGAAGAGGAAAGCUCUGUAGCAGAAGAAGCUGUAGACACUUCUAACCAAAAAAAUGCCGGGUUAACAGAAGUCUCCAAAAACAUUAAUUGUCAGAAAACACAAGCCAAUUUAGAGCAUAGAGCAAAGCAAAUAAAUACUUGCAAAACUUCAGUUUCACAAAAGCAAGAUCAAGGUAUAUAUGAAGAAAGGGUAUCUAAACAUGUUAAUGAUAGGCAACAGACUCUAUCAGGAUAUCAAGAUACUGGUAAUACUGGUGAUUCUUCUUUGAAAGGCUGCAUGAAUAAUGGUGGGAUAUCAGUUAUCAAACAGAAUACAAGGGCUGGAUCUAUUUGUCAAGAACUUGAAAGUACCAACAGAUGUAAAACAAUUGGACUAGGAGUUUCCAAUAAUGGUAAGAAUGAUUUAAAGGAGGUAAGAUAUCAAGAAAUGAAAGGAAAUCAGAAGAAUGCCGAUGGAAUAAACAAAUUGUAUGAGCAAAAGAAAUACAUUGGUACAGAUAAUCGUGAAAAGGAAGAAUAUACUAAAUCUCAACAUGUAUAUUUGGGAAGAGAUCAAGAGAAUAUGGGGCAUUUCAAUAAAUAUAAACAUCUUCCCAAUUUAGGGCAUUCAGAUCGUUUAAAGAAAGCUGAAAAAUGUGUUAAAAGUAAAACAUCUAAAGGGAAUGAAUGUUCAGGAAAUGAAUGUUCUUUAAAAGGUAUUUUGACAAGCAAUAGACAUAUGACACAGAAAUCCAUUAUAAAAGAAGACAUACAUCCAGCACCACCAACUAAUUCUAAAGAUAAGUUAUCUGGGAAAAUUGAAGAACAAAUAAAUUCAAAGAAAUACUGUAAAGUGAAAGAAGACGUAAAACCGAAGAAAACUGAGGCAAUUUCUGCCAAGAAAGGAACAGCAAAGAGUAAAGAUGAAAAAUAUUCUAAGUUAAUACCAGAAAAAGAUAAUUCCUACAUGGACAAAGAUGAGCAUGGUUCGUCCUCUGAAAGUGAAGAUGAAGCACUGGGUAAAUAUCAUGAGGCCUUAUCCAGAACACACAAUUCCAGACUACCACUGGCAGAUUCUAGACAAAAGAACUAUGCUUGGGAAACAAGGCAGAAAUACAGUCCUUUAUCCGCAGAGUAUGAUGGAUACAGUAGUGAAGCAUCAAUAGAUGAAGGAAACUGCAUUCAGAGAAUGAGAAGAACACCCCCGCUGGAUGAAUUGCAGCCACCACCAUAUCAGGAUGACAGUGGUUCUCCCCAUCUGUCAUGUACACCCUCAGAAAUUGGGGACAGUAAAUGUGAAUUUUCCCACUGCAGCAACAGUCCAAGAUGCUCAUAUAACAAGUGCCCAAGUGAAGGAAGCACAGGUCAUGAAAUAGAAAGUUUUCAUAAUAAAGGAUAUGAAGAAGAUGUUCCAAGUGACAGCACUGCAGUCCUGAGCCCUGAAGAUAUGUCAGCUCAAGGAUCAUCAUCACAGCUUCCUAAACCUUUUGAUCCUGAGCCAGAAGCUAAAUAUGGCACACUGGAUGUGACUUUUGACUAUGACUCACAAGAACAGAAGCUUCUGGUAACAGUGACAGCUGUCACAGACAUCCCAACAUAUAACAGGACAGGUGGCAACUCAUGGCAAGUACACCUUGUUCUUCUACCUAUAAAGAAACAGAGAGCAAAAACCAGCAUCCAGAGAGGACCAUGCCCUGUCUUCACAGAAACAUUUAAAUUUAAUCAUGUUGAAUCUGAGAUGAUUGGAAAUUACGCAGUUCGGUUUAGACUGUAUGGUGUACAUCGCAUGAAAAAAGAAAAGAUUGUGGGGGAAAAGAUUUUUUAUUUAACAAAAUUGAAUCUUCAAGGGAAAAUGUCAUUGCCUGUGAUAUUGGAACCUUCUUACAAUCAUUCUGGCUGUGACUCCCAAAUGAGCGUGUCAGAAAUGUCAUGUAGUGAAAGUACAUCCUCAUGUCAGUCUCUUGAACACGGCUCAGUUCCAGAAAUUCUUAUUGGCCUGCUUUAUAAUGCCACAACUGGAAGACUAUCAGCAGAAGUGAUAAAAGGCAGCCACUUCAAAAAUUUGGCAGCAAAUAGACCACCCAAUACAUAUGUUAAGUUAACUCUACUGAAUUCCAUGGGUCAAGAGAUGUCCAAAUGCAAGACAUCCAUUCGCAGAGGGCAGCCAAAUCCAGUAUACAAGGAAACUUUUGUUUUUCAAGUGGCCCUAUUUCAGCUUUCUGAUGUGACACUCAUACUGUCUGUGUAUAACAAACGCAGCAUGAAAAGAAAAGAGAUGAUAGGCUGGAUUUCUUUAGGUCUAAACAGCUCUGGAGAAGAAGAACUCAAUCACUGGACUGAAAUGAAAGAGUCAAAAGGACAGCAAGUAUGUAGAUGGCAUGCGUUGCUAGAGUCAUGAUGAAUAGAAUAAGCAAACAGUUAUCAUCCAAGGCAGCAUAUUUCCAAUUCCAACAUUAUUGUUUCUACCAAGUCACCAUUAGAAGAACUGUUCUUUGAAGAAUCAUAUUCAACUUUCUAUCAAAAUGCUUUAAGUUUUAUGGAAAGAACAUCUCAUACUGACAUAAAUGAAGAAAAUAUGUGUAUCUAGUAGAGCUUGUUUGGGAAACUGAGAAAUGUACAUUAUCAUUGCUAAACUAACAGCCCUCCAGAAAUUUAAUAAGAUGUUUUUUAUUUGAAGUUAAUUUUAAUUUAGCAAAAGAGCCAGUCAUUUUAUGAAAAAUCAAAAUUAUAAGUGAUUUUAAAAACCAGAAUUUUAGUUGCGAUGCAAUUUUAAUAUCACCCUACAUAUUAUUUAUAAAACAUAGUUUGACUGGCCAGUCCCUGGUGUUUGUAAUGUUCUUUAAUAUGAAAAAGUAGUUCUCCAACUCUAUCAUAAGUCAUAUCUAAUGGUGAAGGGUUUCAGUCACAUUGAAAAUUGUUUUAUUUCAGACAUGUUCCCUUUGUGCACUUAGUUUCAUUGUGCCUCACUUCCUCUCAAUAGCACUAAAUCUAAGUGCAAACAAGUAUUCAUUUUCAUACAGGAAUUUUUUAAUAUGUUAUUUUUUUAAAAGCUCAUUUUUCAUUUGCCUCCGCUUUUGCCUGAUCCAAAGAGACCAAGUCACUGUACUGGUCCCUUGCAAGUCUUCUAGACAGGUUGUACUGUAGAACUACGUAACUUUCUGUUGAAAGCACUUCCUGUAUUCUUGUAUUCCAAUGUAGGAAGCUAAUAGAGCAGGACUUUACUUUAAAAUUUCUUUCAGUGAUUGACUCUUCAGAAUUGCAGUAGUGUGAAAAUACGUUUUUUACAAACAAAAUACAGUAGAUAAGCUGUUGAAAAUGGAAAACAAUUCAAUAUUAAUUUUCUGCUCUGAGUAUUUAGUAACCAACACUGCAUAAAGCAGGUAGCAUCCAAAAUAAGAAACUGUUCUCUCUCUAAAUCUUCACUCUUACUUCAAUUUAUAUUUGUGAUGUAAAGACUAUCCAGUUCUCAGUUUGAAUUGGAACAUCAUGUUAAAAACAGUUAUGAGAUUCCUUAUGAAGUUUCUAGUAACUUGUGACUAGACUUUAUGAAAUUUACAGAUAAAGUUCUUCAACGUGAUGUCAUCUUGUGCCUUUCAUGUAAGUUAAAUUUGCUCAUACAACUUGAAAGUUGUAUUUGCAAAAUUAAGCCUUCAAUUUUUAUAAAUGUAAAGAUUCCUCAGAACAGUGUCGCAACAUCUUUAUUUCCUCUGAAGUAUGUAAAAGUUGUAUAAUGUGCUAAUUGUUUUAAUGUCAAGGCACUUUCAUUUGUUUUUAUAUUUAGGAACUCUAAUCAGGAAUAUUAGAAGCUGUUUUCUUUUUAAUUUUACUUCUUACCUAAUAUAUCAUUUUAUGCAUAUACUUUAUUGGAGUAUGUUUUAUAUGUAUUAAAAAUAGUUUCUUUUUUCUCCUUUUCAUUUCUAGUUAAAAUAGACAAAAAUCUACUAUUUACCAGUUACUAAAAAGCAGUAUAUCAUUGCUUCUAGUCCCAACUAAGUACUAUAUAUUAUUGUAAACUAGAACUUGUUAUUACCAUAAUAACAAAACAAUGCAUAGAUAUUACUUCAGCUUGGCUGUACUGAAAGGCCUUAAAAGAAAUCCAAAAAGACCGUGAACUUCUGUAAUUUUUAGUUUAAAAAAUGGCAGCUCUAUGCAUUCAUGCACAUGAAUUAUAAGAAAAAAUACAAAUGCUAUAUUGGAUGACAUGAGGUUUGAGAAUGUUUGUUACAGGGCUGCAUUAAAGGGAAAAAUCCAUCUUUUAUUGUUAUAUCAAUGAGCUUUUUCCAGGAUUUUUUAAAUAAAUGAGUAAGAGUUAGAACCUGAAUCAAAUGGCAAAAUAUCUCAUUUAAGUGUUUUCAGCAACAGUAUGAAAAAAGACUUGAAGAGUGGAUGUAGAUUUUACUGAGAAAUUAGACUUAGGCAUUUGUCCAACAGUGAUCUUUUCUGACUUUGAAACAACUGAUUGCAUUGCUAACAACUGUUAUCUUCCUAAUAAAAAGAGUUAUCAGUCUUAUUUGUAACUGGAACAGAGCUUAGUGAAACACAUUAGUAAGACCAGUUUGGUGCUUUCACUCUUAGAAAAAGACCUAACUAAUUGUUAUUUGUUAAAUCUACCUGUUUUCAGACUAUUCCCAGAAUUGUGUGUGUGAGAUUUGAUACAUCCCUAGGGAUUUAUCUGGUAUAAGUAUCAAAUCCUUCAUGGCCUAAGAAUUAAUAAACAGUUUUUUAAUAUUUCUGGAAAGACCCUACCUCCACCCUAGCUGCCAAGUCCUCAAAGAUUAUAUAUAUGAGUGUGUGUAUCUGUAUAAACACAUGCACUUACACACAUACAACAUAAAUAUGUGUAUGUAUAUUCAUUUGUAAAGGCAAAGGUGCCCUGGCUUUUUCAGAUAACUGAAUAGAGAAACAUUUCAUAAAUUUAGGAUUAUUUUUCUCCUCUGUGUAUUUACUAGAUAUUAUAUUUGGUUUGGGUGCUUUCUGCUGCUAUUCUCCUUUACACACAGCAAAGUAUACAUUUGUUUCUGUAGAUUGACACAACUAUAGUAAUUACUCCCAAAAAGUUGUCUAUUCUUCUAGAAAAGGAUUAAAUAAGGCUCAGGGGACCCACUUCACUCUACUGAAUCUAAUGUACGAGACAGUACGACUGCUUUUUUGUGUGCUUAAAUUUGCAUGAAAGCUUAAUAGCAAAAUCUUCUAUCUCAGUAAUUAUAGCAAAUAGGGACCCACUGGUAGCUCAGAAACCUGAAAAAGACAACCCACUUUCAUAUUCUAUUAAAAUCCCAUAAGUUUUCUAAUAAAAUGGUAUAGUCCAAAUAUGACAAUUGGCCAGCAUUUAUGGGAGCCUCUAAACCUGGAGUUCUGGGGUUUAUUUGUCUCCCAAAUGAGCUGCAAAAGAUAGUUAUUGCUGCCCAGUAAACAAAAUGUAUGUCAAAUCAGUAAAGAAUUUGUUUACUAUAAUAUUGCCUUAUCUUUCAGAAGCUUUCUUCUGUAUUCUUGUGUCUUCAGAACAAUCCACAUUUUGUUUGAAAUCCAUUUGCAUAUUAUCUUAUUAGUGAAUUAUCAAUAAUGUUGUAUUUGCUGACAAGAAUAAUAAAUUGGACCACAAUUAAAAGAAAGAAAACCCAAUGAGAAAAUAUCUAAACUACCUGAUUAAUAUACACAUGUUUAAAUGUAGGGCCUGGUUAGGCAUUUCAUCCAACCUAGUGAAGAUGUCCAGGGCUGUUUGUUAAAUGAUUUGCUUGAUACCGUCAUCAUUUUCAUUUCACUUAUCAAGUGAAUCAGAAGCAUAAUCAAUAACUGCAAAUUAAGAUAGUACCAAUAGGGGAAAGGGGUAAAAGAAUUGAGUGUUUGUCAAUAUGAAGAUGAGUGGGGAUACUGAAUGAUAUCAUAGUCUUCCCAAUGGAAGAAAAAGUAGGCUAUGGGAGAUGUAAAUUUUUGAUGGAGUAAGAACAGUAGUCACCAACAAAUAUUUUUCAAUAUCCCUAUCCAAAUAUGAAUAGAAAGGACACAAAUUCGUUUGCAUAAAAUUGCCAUUUGCCUACAUAGACUAGACAAUUCAUAGAGAUUUUUCACACUGACAGUUACUAUAUUAUGUAUAUAGUUAUUUUAGUUAUCAGUAAUUUCACCUUGAUAGUUUUUAUUUCUAAUUUUUUUUCCAUUCACUGUCCCCAGUUCAUCUGUGGCCUACAUUCAAGGUAGCUGUCGCUAUUAUUAUUACUAACCAAACAAUAUUGAAUACAAGUUUAAGCAUGCUGCAAAGCAUUUUCUAACGUUAAUUUUAAAACAUCGUCUCUGCCCUCCAAAGUGAUGGUAACAGCUAUAAUUUUCUAAGAUCUAGCACAAUAACUUAUUAUUUGCUUGAUUCUCCAAACAAUACUAUGAGGUAAGUAAUGUUAUCAACAUUUUAUUGAUAAAGACACUGCACCAUGAAGAGGUUAAGCAGACUUUCCCAAGGUCAUUCAGUAAGUAAGUAGUAGAACUGGGAUUGGAACCCAGAUGUAAAUUACUCUAAAACCUAUGCUAUGCAUGUUGCAUCUGCCUCCCUGUUUGAAAAAAAAAAAAA